AUGGACCUCCCCUUCUUAGCCGAGGAGGGGGAGGAGGAAGUUGCCGUGCCACUCUAUCCCCCGACUCUCUCUAUGGUUCCUCCUCCUCCCCCCCCCGCUCCAGGUCCUCCGGCUUGUGCCUUACCCAGCGUGCACCGCGGCGGAAGAGAGUGACGACAAUAACAAACAGCGGCGGCGAGGGCUGCGCGUAAAGCGAGCGGGGGGCCCUGCGAAGGAGCGCCCGGAAUCCCCGGCUGUGUGGCUUCCCUUCCCCUCGCGCCACCUCCGCGUCUCUCUCCCUCCCUGUCCUGUCAGGGAGCCCCGCCGCCGCCUCCCCUCCCGCUCUGAGGCGGCGCCGCCUGAGCUUGCCCUGUGGAGCCGCAGCGAAGGGGAGGAGGAGGAGCUUCCGCGGCCGCCGGUCACCGGCGCGGGAUGGUGCGCGGGGCCGCCCAGCUGUUGCUGCCGCUGGCGCCGCCGCCGCUGCUGCUUGGCUCUCCUUCGGGUACGUCGGGAAAAGGGCGCGGUGGAGGAGCUUCCGCGGCCGCGGCAGUUGCUGCUGUCGCCGGGGCGACCAAGGCCCGCCUUCCUCCUCCUCCCUUCGGCUGGGGAGGGGCGAGGACCCUCUUUUCGCGACGGGGGGUGGGCGCACCCGCUUGCGAGGGCGGAGCCGCCGCCACCCCCUCAGUCGGGGUGGGGUGGGGGGUUAUCUCCGUCCAUGGGCCAAAGAACCUCGAGGUUUGGGGGCUGAGAGCUGGGGCUCUCCUCGUCUCCCUCUCCGCCUCCGGCCCGCGUAGCUCGGAAGGGGGACCGGCUCGUCCUGAAGUUAACUCCGAGGGGGGAUGACUCAGCCCAUCUGCGCUUCUCGCAGCCCCGCCCACAGCACCUUGUUGCGAAAAGGGAGGCAGCGUGCUCCGAGGGGGUGGCUGGGUGGUUUUGUUUUCUUCUUUCCUCACCCAGGACAGCAGGCUUAUUACCUAAAGCCUUCAUUCGCACGGAUGCUAGCGAAGGAUUUCUAGUUGUUUUUAUCUUGCUCCAUCUCCUCCACACCCAACUUUCCCUCCCCCCCUUCCUUUUGCGCUGAAGGCCCUGUGUGAAUGCCAAGUCACAUUGGGUCGGAAUGGUCGUCUAAGUUAGGUGGGCUUGGCCUAAAUUGACUGUUUGUGUGGGUGGGUGCCACUGACUGGGUGAUAUUCACACAAACCAGGCGAUUGCCUCUUGGUAGGCUUCGCUUAUGUUGUAGGUUUGAGCUUGUUGACAAAAUACACAUAAGCAUGCUGUUACAAGAUGAAAUUGUUUGGGACAAUUAAAUGGCUGUUUGGUAGAUAAGCAUAAUAGAACAUUGUAUUUCAUUGACACCAUAAUGUAUUUCAUUGACACUGGGUCAGAUGGAAGUAGUAGGUUUAAGUGAUAUGUAGGUUAUGCUGAACAUGUUAUGAAAAGUAGGUGUGUAGUAAAUCACUGUAAUCCUUUUUUUUACCAUGAAUACUACAAAAAGUAUUUAAUUUUUCUACUGUGAAGUGAAAACUAUUUGAACAUCUGUCAGUGUGAGUAGCAUUGCAACUGCUUUUAUUUUUAACUUCAGACACUGGCUUUGCAAAAUUUGCUGCUAUUUCUUUGUGUCCUUAAGUUUUGAAGCUUUGAGGUGCAUUGUAGGUCUUUGCUAAAUGAAGAAUGUGAAGAAUAAUAGCCUUCCCAAUCAGCGUUAACAGCAAGCAGAGCAGUCCAACACCCCCUCCUCUUUAUGUUGGGUGGGGGUUGCAUUAGGUGGAGGUCUUCCUCUGCCCACCUCUUAGGCCUUUUGCUGAGCAGGUGACAAGCUGCCUGGCUGCUGUUGCUCAGUGGUGUCAGGCCCAGUUGUUGUGUUCCCACUUUCCACUGUGUCCACUGAGACUGGCAGGGCUUCCAUUGUGGCAGUGGCUCCACUGCUCUGCAAAACCCUAUUGGCAGGAGAUGGGAGUUUGGAUUGCACUCUUUAAAUUUAGUUUUAUGAACCUGUGAAGCAUAGUGUGGUGUUCACAUGAGUUCCAAUGAUUGGUGUUUCUUUUUAUAAAACUGUGUUUAGUUGACAAAAUAUUUAAGUCAUUGGCAGUGUGGACUUAAUGUUUUUUUUAUUUAGAGAGUAAUCAUCUUUCUUCCUGUAUAUAGUAUUAGAUAUUUAUCUAAGCUUAAACCUACAGUAGGACUGGGCAAUACCUGGUUUUGAGCACCAUGAUACAUCAACCAGCUAAACAUAGCAAUAUAUUGAUAUAUAUAUCAUGAUGUCUGAAAUAAGGAUGAAACUAUGUAAAGGCAAAUAGUCCUACAAUGUAUUUGGGAAAUCAAGAAUUCAAUGUGAACUGUCAUAAGAAAAGUUCCUUGUCACAGUAUUGUCUUAAUGUAACACAGAACAGUACAUAGCAGUUACAUAACCAACUACUGCUGUAGUACUAGCAGUUAGUGAAUCUUAGGUGUAUUAAUAGGGCAAGGGCUGCAUUCAAGUAUUUCUUGGAUUUAUUUAUUUUUUAGGGGAAGGAACUUGUUUGUACCUGUGUGCUUAUAGUUUAUUGAUCAGACAUUUUAGUCCAGCGCUGAGGUGGAAAGUAUUUAAUAUGUUGGUAUUAAAGUAUUCCCAUGAUUCAGGAACACACCAGACAAUGAUAUAGCCUGCAUGAAAUUAUGGUUUCACAGUUGUGCCAUGCUAUAGACUCCAUUGGCCUCAUAGUUUACAUUAACUGUACUGAUAGAGGGGUAUAGGUAUCAUAGGUAAAGGUAAAGGGACCCCUGACCAUUAGGUCCAGUCGUGACCAACUCUGGGGUUGCGGCGCUCAUCUCGCUUUAUUGGCCGAGAGAGCCGGCGUACAGCUUCCGGGUCAUGUGGUCAGCAUGAUUAAGCCGCUUCUGGUGAACCAGAGCAGCUCACAGAAACGCCGUUUACCUUCCUGCCGGAGCAGUACCUACUGGCACUUUGACGUGUUUUCAAACUGCUAGGUUGGCAGGAGAUAGGUAUCAUAGUUGUGAAGUAUUUCACCUUAAUUUGUGAUGUACUUGUUUUUGAACAGCUCCAGUAUAUCAUUAUGAGAAGCUAAUGCUCCAUGUAAGGUGUUUUGUCCUAUGUAUUCUCUACUGGUUUGAUUCUCAUUAGGAAUCUUCAUGGACACACUAUGUGGGUCUCCUUUAUGGGGGUCUUAUUGAGCAACCCUGUAUAUACUUUCCUGAGAGUAAAUCCCAGCACAACACUGACUUCUAAGUAGAUGUAUAGGAUUGCUCUACUGGUUUAAUUUCACUAUGGAUGGAGAGAUGUUUUCAUCCAACAUGUAUCUGUCUUGAUCCAUAACGGCUUUGGUGAUUUUUUAAAAUAAUGGUAAUUAUCGAUGAAAUUUCAUGAUGCAUACAUUUUAAAGUUAAAAUACGUUUACUGGUUGCAGUAGGAGAGUUUGGGAUUACAUGUAAAUAAACUGUUAAAGAAUUUAAACUCUGUUGGCAUGGGGGAGGGAAGAAAUUGUAUCCAUAAAUCUUAAGAAUCCAUGCAAAUGUGAAUUGUUACUUGACAGAAUGCCUAAUUUGUAUAGUUUGGGUUUGCCAACUUUUUUUGACUUCCAGGUGCGUUUGAAUUUUAAGAGUUCUGGGGACACUAGUCACCAAAUAGCUGCUAGUAAUGCAAAAUGGCUGCAUGGCAUAACACUAAAUUAGAGAAACAGUGACCCCCAACAACCUUAUGUUUACCAUGGGAAGUCAGCUAUGUCCUGCUGGUCCUGAUUGUUGAGAUUGUACAAUAUCAAUUUUACACACACACACACACACACACACACACUCUGAUAGUGUUGUUUUCUAAUAGAAAUGGGAGCAUUCCUCAGUACCAGGAAAAAUAUACAAGGUGGCCACACCAUACUGGACAUUUUGCCUCAUAACUUUCUUUCUAGGAGGGCUAGAUACUUACUUUACUUACUUUAGUGAAUUAGCAUUCCAAACUCUCUUCACAACAGUUUUGCAUAUAGGCUGUUGUGUGCAAAAUGCAGGCAAAGAUCACAGAUGAUAAUGUUGUGACUUGCUUGAGGUCAGUGAAUAAAUUCAUAGUCUAGUCACAAUUUUAAAUUUAGUUUCCCAGCUCCAGUCUUAUGCAUUCACCCACGUCCACCCUGUCUAACAACACUAUGUUUAUGGAAUCUAUGCAGUUUUUUGUGUUCCACACAGCAAAGCAAUAUUCAUAGCACAUUUCAUAUUUUACUGUUGGGGGUAAUGGAAUUCCUGGCCUCCAGCUCUUAAAAAUACAUUGGCACCUAGGAUUUUUCCAGUUUUCUUUGAGUUUUUCUUGCUUCUGUUAAGACACGCCCUGGGUAAGAAUGGUACAGACACUGUCCUGGACCACACAACACAAUAAGCGAAAUGAUAGCUUACUUACUGAAACUGCCCAAAUGUGGGCUCCGAGAGAGAAGUAUGCAGCUGCUUUUCUUCUCCUGAUCCCUUUUGCUGCUGUCCUGUGUUGAGCUAAGCCACGGUUUGUCAUCAAACCAGGAUUUGUGAGUUACACUCUCCUUGCUAACCACAAGCUGUAACCAAUAUUUUGUUUUUUGUUUUUAUUUCACUUACGAAUCACUCCCAUAAGGAAUCCAUGGAGGACCUUACUGCAUAUUUUCCUUCCUUGUAAAAAAAAGUCUCUUCCAGCCAUUUUGUCCUUUUACCUGUUUUCAGCCUGUAAGAGUACCCCUUGAUCUUGCUUCUUGGCUGCUAAGUUUGCUCAGAAGCACUUGAAUAGUGUAUAAACAGCUCUGUGGAUGUUCCAGGUACAUAAAAUUUAGCUGAUCACCCCAAUCUACAUACUUGUGACACUCUGAAAUAAAAGUGGCAAGUUUGAAGCUCUUUGAAGAAGCCAUGCUGACUUGUCUACAACAAGGCUUAUGCUAUUAGGUGUUUUAAUGUCCUAGCUUUAAUCAUGCUUUCUUCUAAUUACUUAGAACGUCACUUAGGCCUACUGGUCUGUAAUUUGCUAGAUUUCCUUUAAAUACUGGCAUUAAUUACACUGAUAGCCUUCUAACCCUCUGAUUCUGGUUUUAAUAAGUUGCAUUCUUUGUGAAAUUUUGGCACUUUUCACAUUUGAGUUUGUAAAGAAGUCUUGGCUCUGGAAUAGACAAACUUGGCCCUCCAGAUGUUUUGGGACUACAUCUCCCAUCAUCCCUGACCUCUGGUCCUGUUAGCUAGGGAUGAUGGGAGUUGUAGUCCCAAAACAUCUGGAGGGCCAAGUUUGCCUACGCCUGUCUUGGAUGAAUGCUAUCUUGCUCCAGUGAUCUGUUAAACUUCUAAUGUGACAUUUAGCUUUAUAAUGAGAUUGCUUAGCACCUUUAUUUGGCAUGGCUCUUUCUUCCUCGAAAGGAGUGGUUUGACUGUGGAACUCUCAUCUGCAUUUUUUACAGUGAAAACUAGUGGAAACAACACAUUUUGUUUCGCUGCAGUCUCCAAUCUUCUUACAGUAGUUCUUUCACCCAUUUGCUAUCCAAGGUUCUUACUGCCUCUUUACUGGUUCCCUGCACUUAAAAAAAACCCCACAAGCACUUAAGUUAAGAUAUUAAUACCCUUAUUCAUCUUUUUUGCUUGCUUCAACUUGUAUUUGCCACAGUAAGCAGUCUGGUUAAUUUACCUCUUUUGAACAGUGCUUCCAUUUUUCUAAAAAAGACUCGUUGCAGUUUACGGUGUUCUUGACAUUUAACCACAUAGUCUCUUGGAUUUGUUACUUUCCUGUCCUUUCUAUUUUAUGUACUUUUUUAUUGGAUUUUUAUUAAAGUGGUUUGAAUAACCUCCAAGCUUUCUGGGACGAUCUGGGCUUUCGUUAUAUCUCCAAACCAAGUUACUUUAAACAGAUCAUCUUCUGAAAUGAAGUAUAACUGUGCUGGACUUGCUAGGCAGUUUUCUGUUCAUGUGCAUGUUGAAUAUGAUAGAGUUGUACUGUAAUUGCUCUUCAGAAGAGGUUUGGCAACACAUCCUUGAUCUGAUUCAGGGCACUGCUCAGGAUUCAGGCCCCAUCUACACUAUACAUUUUUAAAACAUACUACUUUAAACAGUCCUAAAGAAUCCUGGGAAGAGUAGUUUGUUAAGGGUGCUGAGAGUUGCUAGGAGACCCCAUUCGUUCCCAAAGCUACACUUUCAGUGGUUUAACGCUGGAUGCUUCUCCCCAGGGAACUCUGGGAACCGAUGGAAAUGAGUUGGGUGGAAUGAGGUUGAAGGAGAGAGAAACUUGUUUGAUUGGAUGCAACUCAAAGUCUCCAAGCAACGUUCAUAAUAAACCUGUGAUCUGAUUAUGUUUAGAUGUGCCCUGAUUUUUUUGUUCAUCUCAGUAUCAUCAUCAGAACUUUGAUAUGGACCAGGUUAGGGCAAGAAUAUAUAGUAUUUGUACUGCAUUUCAAACGAAGCCUCUCAAAGUAUAUUGCACUUGUUUUUCUUCCCACAGUGGUUCUGGAUAGGAUGACAACUAAGGUCUAUGCUUUGUUCAGUUGUAAAUAACAAAGCUUGGUCACUGGUGGUAAUUUAGUCUUUCCUCUGGGCAACUAGACAGGGAAGCGUUUGUAAAUUGCAGAAGAGUUGCUUUUUGUCCUUCUCCUUCUUAGAAUCAUAGAACUGUAGAGUUGGACCCCAAGGGCCAUCUAGCCCAACCCCUGCAUUGCAGAAAUCUUUUGUCCAAUGUGGAGCUUAAACCCAUAGAGCUGAGAUUUAAGAGUUGCAUGCUCUACUGACUGAGCUAUCCCACCAUACACCAAAUUACUAUCAUAGAUAUGUGUGAGCUGGUGGUAUUCAUGAGUCUGAGUUUUCUGUUUCAGCUUAGAUGAAAUUGUUGUGUUCAUGCUGUACAGAAAUAUUUAAAUUAGGUUUUUCAGUAUUAAUCAGUUUCACAUUUCUUUUCUCUACAAUCACUUAGUUUUCCCCACCUAAUGUUUAUUGUAAACCUUCUAUGGCAAUUUUGUUUUUUGUUCUGUUUAGUACAAUGUAUACAAUUGGCAUGAAAAAAGUGCUUUAAUAGUAGUUUUUGAAGUGCAGCAUUGUCAUGAACAUUUGAAUAGUCAUUGUUAACUUGCUUCCUGUUGCACAAAUAUUUACCCUUCAUUCUCUCUUACCCCCCAUUACUUUUUAGGUCUUUGAUUCUCUGUGUUUAAUAGAAACUUCAUUCUCUUGCCAAAGUCAAAUGAGGAAAAUAGGUGGUUUUGCAACCCAGCUGUUAAAGACUGUGGAACCUCCAUGCAGUGCCUGAAGGUAACUGUUUCAUCCCGGAGAGCAAAUAUUUCAAGUUUAAACUCAUAACAAAUUAUUUGCUACAGUUUUUUAUUAUCUUUGUUUUUUGAGAAUUUGGUUCUAAGUGAUUGGUGUCAUCGUAAACAAAUUUAAGUUGCUGGGUUUUGCUCUUUUAAUUAAUAUAAUGAUUCCUCCUGACCAUCCAGGCAUUGAAGUAAUUCUAGCAGUUAUGUAAACAAUUCCUCUAAAGUCUUAAAAAUAUAGCCUAUCUGGGUACAGAACCUUUGUUGCCAGCGAUGGUUGGGGCUAGAGGCGAAAGUGAGUGAAGCAAUAAAUGUACAGAUUACCUUUAUAAAGCAGGCUAAUAAAGCAGCCUGUUUCCUAGUUCCUUUGCAAAAAUUCAUGAAAAAGUAUGUGUGAAAAAUUUGGAAUUCUCAGGAUGUUACGGAGUGUCAGUCUCCCAGGGUACCACACACAUGGGGUUGUAUCCAGUGUUAGUCCUCCUCUAGAGAAGACCCAUUGAAAUGGGUGAUGAGACCAGCUUGGAUAUGUUAAUUUCAGUGGGUCUACUCUGAAAUAAUGUCACCUGCAUGUCCCAGGAGGACUUAAAAUUAUUGGGAUCUGAGUUAGUUCUUGUGUUUAGGAUUUUUUUGGGGGGAGGGCAUGCAUGCAAGAGAUGGUUGCAAGAGGCAGAAUAGACUACUAAUACAGUGACACCCUGUAUCAUGUUACCAUAAUACCUUGGUUACUAAUAGCCAUGGGGUGGUCACUGACACAGUUGGUUCUGACCUCCCCCAAAAUGUCACAAAGCAAAUCAGCCCCUGCUAAAGGCUACCACACAUACAUAUGCUGUCAUGGAAUGAUUCUCUUAUGUCCUUGAACUGCUGCAGCAUCAGUUCAUUGCUAUAUGUUAGGAUUUCCUACUAUGAAUGUGCCUCAAGUGUUGACACUGAAAACCUUUAAAUUGAAAAUAAUUUUUAUGUGUUAUUAUUAAGCUGAUACUUGGGUUUCUUUUCAGCUUUUAAAUAA